UACCACCUGAAUGGAGCUCGCAGACCACUGGUGGUCCAUGGACCACAGUUUGAAAACCUCUGCUAUAAAGGACUUUUUAAAACUGGGUUUCCCUGUUUUGAUUCUUUAACAUAUAAAAGAUACGUAAUAUUACACUCGCACACACCCCCAAAAAUAUCCCUUAGAAAUAUCGUAAAUGUCAAGUGUAGACUUCCCUGGUUUCACAGCAGGACAUGAAGGGUACAGGCUCAUGAAUUUGAAUUGGGAUCUCUGUUGUGCUGUAAUUGAAGUGUUGUUUACAUUUUAACAAACACAAAUGAAAAAUAGUUUUAAUCAGACCUUGCUACCCAAGAAAGAUUUUUUUGGUCUAACCUAAAGUGUAAAUUUAAACCAGCGUAGUUAUACUGAUAUACUUCCCCACUCCCCAGAUAAACACUCUUAGGCCUCAUCUACAUGGGAAUAUUUUUGGUAUAUCUUUAGAUUUUAUUGGCUUAAACUGCCUUGCAUCCACACAUGAAUUAUCUUUUUGUUUCAUCUUGUGUUUUAUCCUGCUAUAAUUAAUCCACUUUGGAUGUGACAUAAUUCUAUUUUGGAAUGAGUUAUAUACUGCUAUAAGAUUCAUGUGGAUGCAUCCCCAUUUUGAAUUACCAGUACUUCUACAGGUAGUCCUCUAACAGCUAUCCCACUCUGCAUUGUUUCACAUCUGGAUUGGCCUGUUUGGUUAUCUGAGCAGUCUCUACUGCUCUGGAGUCCUCUCAAGACACACACACACUCUCCCUGCAUCCCUGGUUUAAAUGAUGGCAUACACACAAGCACAUCUGCUUGUUACUUUAGUUCAGAUGCCAAGUCCAUUACAACCACUAUGUCCAGUGUUUUCACAUGGUCUCAUCAGGAGAUCCUGGACUUCCUUACUUUCUAGAGCAGUGGUUUUCAACCAUUGGUCCGCGGACCCCUGGGGCUCCACAGACUAUUGUAACAUUUUCAAAGAAGUCCGCGCCUCCAUUUGAAAUUUUUUAGGGGUCUGCAAAUGAAAGGUUGAAAACCACUGCUCUAGAGAGAGGAACAAGUUCAGUCUCAUCCUUCCAGUAGUCACUGGAAUGCAAAUUUAGCAGCUAAAUGGAGGAAAAGCAGUACUCCCAGAGCACGUGCCAGCACUGUGCAAAAGCCAUGGUCUUGUGACAGAACUACAAAAAUGUCAAAGACAAAAAAACACCACCUCUCAUAUUGCUCCCAAUAUGUGUGCUGGACUGGAUUUUUUUUGCUCGAGAGGCCGCCACAAAACUCAAUAUAGUUGGACAGUUUGGCCAUGGCCCACGAUGAGGUAGACAUGCCCUUCAGAAACCGCAUUGGAAACUGGAUCCCACGCAGGAGGAAAUUUCCCUGGAUAGCACAAUCUCUUUGGUAUGCCUUACUGCCAUCCGGAGAUCCAUUUGGAGACACCCAGCCAGAGAGACAGAACGACAAUGCUGAAGAGGCACCCUUAUCCAGAACUGUAGCAAGCUCUCAUCCAGUCAUCAGAAUGCAAAGGAAUUUAAUACAGACUGUGUUUCAGCUGGCACAUCGGACAUGUUUGGUACCACAUCGCACUGGUUUCCUUCAACACUUAAAUGGGAAACCAGUUUUGCCUCAGACUGGAUGCAAAGUGGUUUUGGCAUUGGGCCCUGAAAAACAGUGUCUCCAUGCGUCUGCUGCACUCUGUCUCUCAAAGGAAGGAAAGUCACUGGAUGUAUUUUCAUCCCAACCAGAAGGCCCUCACCACAAAGAACAAAAGGAAGAAAACCCUUUGAAACCAGCUAGUGAUAUACCCCAGGGAACCUCUGUAGAAUCAAGUUCUUUAGAGCCUGAUCCAUUACAAGACAAAUCAAUUAGUCUCUUUCAGAGGUUCAAGAGAACUUUUAAACAGUAUGGAAAAGUUAUGAUUCCAGUGCAUCUGUUGACUUCCAGUGUAUGGUUUGGAUCCUUUUACUACGCAGCCAUGAAAGGAGUGAAUGUCGUUCCUUUCCUAGAGUUCAUUGGCGUACCAGAAAGCAUUGUAAGCAUUCUGAAAAACUCUCAGAGUGGAUAUGCACUAACUGCAUAUGCAAUGUAUAAGAUUGCAACUCCUGCCAGAUACACUGUAACUUUAGGAGGAACAUCCGUUACUGUCAAGUAUCUUCGUAAGCAUGGCUACAUGUCCACACCCCCUCCGGUAACGGAAUACCUACAGGAUAGAAUGGAAGAAACAAAAGAGCGUCUCUCAGAGAAAAUGGAGGAAACCAGGGACAUGAUUAGUGAAAAAAUGGAAGAAACAAAGGAUAGAAUAACAGAAAAAAUACAAGAAACCAAAGAUAAAGUUUCAUUUAAAAAAAGAAAAGAAUAAUAAAAUGCUCAGCUUAGGUUGUGCAAAAAAUUAUGCAAUUUAACCCUUUGGAACAUCUGGAUAUGGACUUUCUGCUGAGUUUUCAUUUGGCUGGGUGGAGAAUAUCAGUGUUCAAAGGAUUAAAGAUUUCUGUAAAUUCUUUAAUGCUAAAGUUCUUUUAAAAAGAAAAAAAAUCUGUCUUAUGAAAGAGAAAAUGAAUCUAAUAUUAAAAAUUCAUAUGUGCAAUGGCAACAGUGGUGGUCAGUUUUUUGUAAGUCGAGAUGCUUCUCUAAGAUCCUCAAUAUUAUUCUGGCCGUCGGCUGGGAACCAGCAUUGUGUUAGACUGGUUUCUCCAUUCAUUCCCUGGGAAUACAGAUUUCUUUUUGAGAGAAAGGAGUCAUCUCCUUUUCAGUCAUAUAUUCUAUAUGCAGUGAUCUCUCUCUAACCACUGCCAUCUCAACUCUGAGGCAAACCCUUACCACUGAUGCUGCAAGUGAAUGAACUAAUGGGCCAGACCCCUAGCGUAAAAUGGCAUAGCUACACUGACUUCAGUUGAGUUAAAACAGCUUACGCAAGUUGGGGAUAUGGAUCUUUGUUUUAAAAAAUGGUGUCUUUAAACUUUCAAAAGCCUUUCAACUAAGAUGAGUUAAUUACAGUAGCCAUGUAUUCAUUUAUACUUUUGUUUUUAUAUAAAGUUGAAUUACAAUUGAGAAUGUUAUAGGAUUGAAUAAAAUGUACUGACUGUAACUGAAUAUGGACUAAAGCAUAACUGGUUCAUUUUCAUCCAGAAUUAUGCUGUAAUUUACUGAAGGUGUUCUGCUUUGUACUCGCUUGCAAUAAUAAAA